CGCUCUCCAACUCACAAUGUCCAACGCGCUCGUCCACGCCUGGCUCAGACAGAACAUAUCCUCAUACCAGCACCAGGACAGGCUGUUUGCAGACGUAGACGCGACUCUCGUUCGCUUUCCGACGCUCCGCCCGAAAACAGACGUCUACACUUAUGACGACGGGCGCACGCAAUUGUUACUCUGUCUCCACGGUCUCCUUCCCAUAACCUUCCGCAAUGCGGCCUAUCACAUCCCCGUCGCGAUUUGGGUCACAAAGGAUUACCCUCGCGGACCUCCUAUAUCAUAUGUUAUCCCCACCUCAGAUAUGCUCGUGAGGCCAGGAAGGUUCGUCCAGGUCAGCGGUCUUUGCACCAUCGACUACAUCACAUCCUGGGAAAGGAAGAGCGAGGGCUGCAGCCUACCUGCCUUGGUCGAAGCUCUCCAAGCCCAAUUUUCAGCAGAACCCCCGGUGUACUCCAAACCGAAGCAGCAAGCUGGACCCGUACCGCCUCGCACGGUCUCUUCCCCAGCUUCUGACUAUGCUUCUCGUCCACCACCCCCGACUCCUUCUUCUCGAACGACCUCCAAUACCCCCAUCACUGCUCCUCUUCCCGCAUCUCACCAUGUCCGUCCGGCAUUACCUCCCAAGCCCCCUUCUGCGACGGCUACCCCUGCCCCUUCUUCUACGCCUCCCGGCUUUCAAUCACCUCCGUACUCCAAUGGUGGUACAUCAUCGCCCGCUAGGUACCAGAGCCCAGUACCUCCCCCGAAACCUCCACUUCCACCUCAACCUUUCUGGGCCGGAUCUUCACAGCAAAUUCACAGCAGUCCGGGACUGGUUGCACAGCCCCAUCAGCGAAGUACGUCCAUAGGUGUAAUUUCUCCUCAAGUGCCGAAUCCACCACCACACCAGUCGAGUUCUCUGGCGUCGCCAAGUUCAGCGUCAACUACACAUCAUCGGUGGUCAUUACCACCACCGCAACCAUCAUCAGCGCCAGUCCCUCCUCCUCCCGGAACUAUAGCGUCUCCUGUACCUGUCAAUCCUCAGACGGUCUCACCACCCCAACCACCACCACCUUUCCAAACACAUAACUAUAAUGUCCCGCAACACGUCCCACCACCACAGCAUUCGUAUCCAGUGCAAACACCACAAUCGGUGGUCCCACCACCCCGGCCCCAACCCGUUCCCGACCUCCUGGACGAAGAAAUCUUCGAGGAAGCGCCUGUAUCUUCUGUUCCUGCUUCUGCAGGAGGCGCCCCAGCGCCUGCACCUCCGCGUCCUCCAAACCCCGAGCUGCUUAGCCUCCACGCUCGUGUGCACGGUGAACUGACGUCGGAACUUUCCAUGCUCACACAUACAAUGACGCAGGACGCGGAACGGUUACGCGCUCAACAAGCCGAUUUACUCACGGGUAUGCCAGCCAUUCAGGACGAGAUGGCGAGACUUGAGGCCGUGCGCGACGUUUGUCGGGGUGUGGCGGGGAGACUGAGCGGGACCGUCGGGCAAGCAGAGAAAAACGUGUCGGAACUGAAGAGGAAGGGAGAUCCGCCCGUGGACGAGCUAAUUUGUUCGACGUCAAUUGUUCACAAUCAGCUUAUUGACCUGGUCGCCGAGGACAACGCCAUCGAGGAUACCAUCUACCACUUGCACCGCGCCCUGAACGCGGGCCGAAUCGACCUGGACCGGUUUCUUCGGACGACGCGCGUGCUCGCCGAGGAACAAUUCAUGAAGCGGGCGUUGAUCGAGAAGAUUCAGGUGGGGAUGCCCAUGGGUGCCUCUAUGAGCAUGCAUAGCAGCGCGAACGCUGGAGGGUGGGGGCCUUAUGCCGCCGUUGUGCAGUAAUCGUACACAGACAUAGUACACCGGGACCCGUAAACGGAAAGGGGCCAACAUCUGACUACGAGUGCAGGAUUUGGACUAAAAC